AUGGCCGAGGGAGAUUCCAAUUCCAACCGCAACAAGCUCGCCCAGGUCGAGAAAGUUGUGGCUGCAGCCUUACGGCCAUUGCCCACUCAAACCGGCGAUGGCAGCUAUGUGCAGACACCUAGUGUGACAGGCCUUGCUAAGGAUCUGCUUCAUGUUGACUUGCAAGAUGCCAAAACAUUGGCCGAGGUCGCGAAAACUGCCGUGACUGGCGGAGCUGUGAACGAUAGAGACUAUACUAUGGAGCGAGUGAUCCAACUUGCUGCCGGCCUGCCUUCGACAUCUCGAAAUGGCAAGGAGCUCACGAAUACUUUCCUCGCUCAAUUGUGGGGUGAUCUGGAACACCCGCCUGUCUCUUAUCUUGGACGUGAUACAGCAUACCGUAAGGCUGAUGGAUCUGGAAACAAUGCUUUCUGGCCUCAAAUUGGAGCUGCCGGCAGCGCAUACGCACGGUCUGUUCGGCCAAAGACCAUGCAGCCUGCUUCUCUUCCGGAACCCGAGGCUCUUUUCGAUAGUCUUCUGGCCAGGAAAGACUUCAAGGAACACCCAAACAAGAUUUCCAGCGUGUUAUUCUAUCUCGCUUCGAUUAUCAUCCAUGACCUGUUCCAGACGGAUCCUCGGGACCAAACAAAGUCAUUGACCUCCUCGUACUUGGACUUGUCUCCGCUGUAUGGUAACAACCAGAAAGAGCAGGACACAGUCAGAACAUUCAAGGAUGGAAAGUUGAAGCCCGACUGCUUCUCCACUAAGCGGGUUCUGGGAUUCCCCCCUGGUGUGGGUGUCCUUCUCAUCAUGUUCAACCGUUUCCACAAUUCUGUUGCUGCACAAUUGGCGGCUAUCAAUGAAGGUGGCCGGUUCACCAAGCCGGAUGAGUCAAAUACCCAAGCCUAUGCCACCUGGGAUAACGAUCUCUUCCAGACUGCGCGCCUAGUUACCUGUGGUCUUUAUGUCAACAUCAUUCUGAAGGAUUAUGUUCGGACCAUUCUCAAUGUCAACCGAACCGAUAGCACAUGGAGCUUGGAUCCCCGCGCGGAGAUGAAGGACGGCUUGCUCGGAGAGGCCCCUACCCAGGCUACCGGAAACCAAGUGUCAGCCGAGUUCAACUUGGUUUAUCGCUGGCAUUCUUGUAUCUCGGCUCGGGAUGCAAAAUGGUCAGAUGAUCUAUACAGAGAGAUAUUCGAAGGAAAAGAGCCACAGGAGAUUAGCUUGCAGCAAUUCGGCCGUGGCCUUGGGCAGUGGGAAUCAAAACUUCCCGUAGAUCCUCAAGAGCGUCCCUUCGCCAAACUGCAACGCCAGGCAGAUGGUAAAUUUGACGACAGUGACCUAGUCCAAAUCUGGCAAGAGAGUGUUGAGGAUCCUGCUGGAGCGUUUGGUGCUCUCAAUGUCCCCGAGGUCUUCAGAAGCAUUGAGGUUCUCGGCAUCAAGCAGGCACGUUCUUGGAAUCUGGCUACCUUGAACGAGUUCCGUCAAUACUUUGGUUUGGCUUCUUACAAAACUUUUGAAGAGAUCAACCCAGACCCCUAUAUCUCCAACCAGCUGAGGCAUUUCUAUGAUCAUCCAGACCUUGUGGAGUUAUACCCUGGCCUCGUGGUUGAAGAGGCCAAGCAGCCUAUGACCCCGGGUAGCGGUCUAUGCACCAACUUCACGACUUCACGGGCCAUUCUCUCAGACGCUGUCGCUUUGGUUCGUGGCGAUCGCCACUAUACCGUCGACUUCACACCAAAGCACCUCACGAAUUGGGCGUAUAACGAGAUCAACCAUGACGUCUCUGUUGACGGCGGCCAGGUCAUCUACAAGCUGAUUCUGAAGGCGUUCCCCAACCAUUUCCGCGGCGAUUCCGUUUAUGCCCACUUCCCGAUGGUUGUGCCUGAUGAGAACAAGAAGAUCCUAACCAGCCUUGGUCAUGCCAAAACCUACAGCUUCGACCGACCUAUGUUGAAAGACCCAGUUCCCUUCAUCAAUUCCCACGCUGCCUGCACAAAGAUCUUGAAUGACCAAGAGAACUUCAAGGUAGGAUGGGGUGAGAAGAUUCAAUUCUUGAUGGAGAAUAGCGGCCGUCCAUAUGGUCGAGAUUUUGCCCUGGCGGGCGAUCUCCCUGCUAACGCCAAUUCCCGAAAGAUGCUUGGCACUGCUUUGCACCGAGACAAGUGGGAAUCCGAAGUAAAGGCCUUCUACGAGGAUAUUACUUUGAAACUUCUCGAGCGGAACUCAUUCAACGUCGCUGGGGUUAACCAUGUCGAUAUCGUUCGUGAUGUUGCCGUACUUGCCCAAGUCCACUUCUGUGCCAACGUCUUUUCUCUGUCUCUUAAGACAGAGUCUAACCCGAGAGGCGUGUUCAGCGAGCAGGAGUUGUACCAAAUCCUGGCCGUGAUCUUUGCUUGUAUUUUCUAUGAUGUUGAUGUGUCCAAGUCAUUCCAGCUUUCCCAGACUGCUCGCAGCGUUGCGCAGCAGCUGGGUGAGCUGACUUUGGCCAACGUUGAGCUCGUCGCUAAGUCUGGUUUCAUUUCGAACCUGGUCAACCGCCUUCACCGCCACGAUAUUUUGAGCGAAUACGGGGUUCACAUGAUCCAACGGUUGCUAGACAGCGAGUUGCCAGUGAAGGAUAUUGUGUGGUCGCAUAUUCUCCCCAUGGCUGGCGCAUUAGUUGCCAAUCAAGGCCAGCUUUUCUCUCAAUGCAUUGACUACUACCUCUCCGAAGAGGCGGCAGAGCAUUUGGCUGAAAUCCAGCGUUUGUCCAGGGAGGACACUCCCGAGGCUGACGAGCUCCUCGUGCGAUACUUCAUGGAAGGAGCGAGACUCCGAUGUUCUGUGGCAUUGCCACGCAUUGUGACAAAACCUACAGUGAUCGAUGACAAUGGCAAGGAGGUUACUUUGAAGGCUGGCCAGGAACUCAUUUGUAACUUGGUUGUUGCAGGCCGUGAUCCUAUUGCAUUCCCCGACCCCGAUAAGGUCCGUCUUGAUCGUGAUAUGAGCCUGUACACUCACUUUGGCUUUGGUGCCCAUCAAUGCCUGGGUGUCAAGAUGUGCCCUAUUGCGCUUUCCACUAUGCUCAAGGUCUUUGGACGACUAGAUAACUUGCGCCGUGCCCCUGGACCUCAAGGUCAUCUGAAGAGGCUGGAUGCACUGGGAGGAAUUGCUAUGUAUAUGGAUGCCGAGCACAAGAGCUUCAGUCCGUUCCCUGUGACUAUGAAAGUCCAAUGGGACGGAGACCUGCCUUCCAGGAAGGAGUAA